ACAGAUGGAAUAGACCGGUCAAGGUAUAAUGUUGAAUAAGGGGAUGUGCCUGUUUUCUUUUGCCAGGGAACUUGAAAAGAAGAGGCUGUCUAGAUGCCUGAGACUGGCGGCGCAUUAGUUGCUCCCAAGAAGGGCCUAACACUCGAUGACCUCAUCGCGGCCAUCGAAAGACAUGAAAGGAAUCCGAGCAACAUCCCAAAGGUCGAUACUUUCCAUUUCUGUGGGGAGAGAGUCUCAGAACGGCUAGAGAGGGUGGAACAAGCUUUGGUUGGGCGGUCGGAUGUUGUAAAGUUUCAACGCAUCCUUCAGUAUGUCCUCCACAGCUACCAUCAGGAGGUGAAGAAAGUCAUAGAUGCGGCUCAAAGUAGCUGGGAGAGGUUCAAGGAGGGGAUGCAGAGGAAGUACCAUUUGGGAGACGGGCUAUUGACUACCGCAGACCUUGAGGCGAUGAACAAAGAAGAUUUUACGACAAUAGGGGCCUUUGUUCAAGAAUUUAAGAAGAGAGCGCAGAAGGUCCAUAGGAUUUCGGAGGAAGCACAAUGCGCCAUCUUCCUGGGGCUACUCACGACAUCGGAGGUCGUCGAGUUGACGAGGCAUGGAGGAGGUAGCACUAAGCUUACCUGGACCACCAUUGAUAGAGGGGUGGAAGUUGGGUGUUUGGACCAGAGUGGAGCAACGUCAGGUACGCCUGCAAAGGCAGAAGAGAAAGGAAAGAGAUGCGACUGCUUCUGGGACCCCGGGGGUAACAAGGAUUGUUACAGACGUAUUGGCACAGCUAGGGUAUGCGACAGAGCUGGUGGUGCAAAGGAUGGUGGUGACGGCUGUCAAAGUGAAAGGAAAGGAGCCGGUGAUAGAGGAGGCUGUUCAGGAAGAGCUCUGGGAAGAGGAAGAGCCGAUGCCGCAGCACCUGACGAAGGUCCAGCGCAAAGUGCGAACACCGGGCCAAGGGGUAUAAGGAACCGGCCCAAUCCAGGAUCGUUCACGAUCGAGGAAUCGGAAGGAGAGCGCCGGAGGCUCCGGGCAGAGCCCGAAGCAGGAGAGAGGGUGAAAGCAUUUUCCCUCAGCCUGUCAGAUAUUGGGAAGGCCAUGGACCUGGUGGCCGCGCAUGAGAUGGCAGAUCCGGAUGCCAUCCAGGCUUUGAGGGAGCAAGUUCUGGAAUGCCCCGAGGCAGGAAGGUUGGAAUUGGUAUAUCGGCUUCCAGGCAGAGGAGGGAACCCCGCAUCAGCGCAAACGCAAUCUCCCGAGAAGGAGAUGGAAGCAGAGAUCCCAAAGAGGGUCGACCUCCGCACGAGGGAAAGAGCGCCAGCUGGAGAGACAGCAGAGGAGAAGAGGGAGAGAAGGACCAGGAGGAUAGACGAGAUAUCGCAAGAGAGGCAGAGGUUGGAGGCAGCGGGGGAGCUUCCAGAGCAGCAGCAGCAGAGGCAGAGAUCAGAGGCAGCAGGGGCACUCCCAGGUCAGCCACCCAGCGCGCCAGCUAGGGCCCCGCAGAUCCCUGAGAUGUGGAGGGACUUCUGGGAGCAGAGAGGAGAGGAGCUUCCAUCGCCAGUCAGAGCUGGGUUUGGGGUGGCCAAGAAGGCGGAAGAAAGGUUAGAUCGUAUGAUCAAGUUCCUGGCCAAGACCACUUUUGACCGGCACUUGUUAUUGAAGAGCGAUCUGGCAGGGAAAAAGAUGAAGGAAGCAAGCCAUGGAGUACGCCUGGAGGCUAUGGAGGUGGAAAUUCAGGAACUCAUGGCAUUGGUGGCCAACCAGGCAGCUAUCAUUGAGAGCCUGAAGCAUCAAACCCAGGGAAAGGUGGACAAGCCAGAGAGCAGCAGGCAGGGAGAGCAGAGGCAGCCAGGACAUGGGUUACCAGGACAGCCAUCUGCAGCAGAGCCUCGCCCGGAGCCACCUAUCGGAAGAGUUAUCCUGGAGCCAGAGGAGGCGAGAGCCCAGAGACAGGCAGAGAGAGAGGCGUUCGAGUUUAGAGCCCCUACUGAGCUCGCGACGCUGCCAGUGGCAGCGGCAGCCCCAAUCAUACCUUUGGCGAUUGAGGAAGGGCUACUGCCAUCUAGCAGUGAGCCGACUCAAGGGUCAGCAGAAGGAUCCAUGAGCGUACUCCUUGAGGCAGUGCAUACCAUGCAGGAGGAGGCGAGUUUGUUUUCACCCGAGCAGAGGAUAGAGGAGCCGCUUGAGAGAGAGAUGGGGAUUGAGGUGGAGGGUGYCAUCGAGAGCAGGCUYCAGAGGAUGGGCACACCUGAGUAUGGACCAGAGGAGAUUGAGGAGUAGCCCACGGCAGUGCCAGGAAAGACACUCGAGAGGAGACCUCAGAGGUUGGACAUGCCUGAGUACGUCCCRGCGACAGG